CUCGCACUCGCUUUCGUCCGUUCGCCGCUUCUACGAUGCAGCCGCCUCCCCCGCCUGCCCCGCCAUAUUACGGCGAUCGUGGAGGCAUGGCAUACAGUGGACCUAGCGAAGCAGCAUCGAGAGCAUCGACCCAAGCUCAACAGCGAGGGGAGAAUCAGGCGGGCCCUUCCUCAUCCUCUGCAUCACCGAGCUCAUCUAGCAAGCCAGUGCCAAAGGUGUCUUGUCUCGAGUGUCGUGCGAGUAAGGUGAAAUGCCUUCCCCAGACAGCGCAAGAUCCCCCCGGCUAUCCCUGCGCGCGAUGCAAUCGCCUGUCCAAAUCGUGCGUCUACGAGAAACACAAGCGCGGUCGCAAGCCAGACUCGGUCAAGUACGGCAAGCUAGAAAAACAGCUCGAGACGCUUUUGCAGGAGCUGAGGGCUGAAAAGGAGCGAGCGUCCAGCAGAGGAGGAUCAUCAGCCGGGCGUAAAGCGGAGCAGAAGGGCGGCAAUGGCCAAGGCAGUGUAGGCCAAGGGGAAGGAGACGAGGAUCUUGAAGACGAAGACGAAGACGAUGACGACGACGAAGGUCCAGUAGCCAAGCGUCUUCGUACCGAGACGGCCGAGAUUCUCACCAAUUGGGGAUCUUCGUCGUCCUCGCCUUCGCCGUCCACGCGAUUGGCUGUCCCCCCAAUCUCGACCAAGCCAAGGUUGACCUCCAAAGCAGGCCGCAGAUCAGGUGGAUCUACAGCAGGAGACGAUGGCGAGGCGGGACGAGGUGAAGAGGACAGUCUACCCGAACCAGGAGCUCCACUGCUCAGCAACCCCUUGAAGCUCCUCGCCCAAGCCUCAGCAGGGGAAGACGAUGAGGACGUUGUCACCGCCGCGGCUACACCAACGAGCGGCUCAGCCGCAGUCGCGCGCGGGCAGACUGGCUCGCACACCACCUCGCCGCCUCCAUUUCACACCGCCGCUUCAAGCAGCGCUGCUCCCCGUCGCCCGCGGGAUCGCCUAGGUCUCUACGAUGCCAAGCCAGAGAUCGGCCCGGAUCUCGACCCCAUCACUCUCAACCUCAUCACACUCCCCGCGGCAAAACAGCUCUGGGCGUUCUUCCUCGAGAAGCUGAGUCACCCGCUCAUUUUGCUCGACAGGUCCAUCUACACGUUCGAGUACACAAGGCCACGCUCUGCCUUUCUCCUCUCCGUCGGCCUUGCUCUCGCAGCACGCCUUCACCUAUCCAGCUCCAGCCUGCGCACGGCAGAGAUUGCGGACAAGCUCGACGAGCACGUCCUCAAGGUGAUCAUCCCCGUGGUUCUCUUGGAAGGGAAGCGCUCGAUCCAUUGCGUCAAGGCCUUCCUCCUUCUCGCAGGCUACAACGGGCAAUCCAUCCCCCUCACACAGGACCGCUCCUUCAGCUACGUGACCCACGCCUUCAGCAUGUGCGUCGAGCUCGACCUGAACUGCAAGAUGGUCUCCACUUCCGCGGAUCCCAACGACGAGGAGUUGCAACGCAAGCUCCGCGAGAGGGAGCGCACCUACUUCCUCGCUUGGACGUACUUCUUCUCCAUCUGUCUCCAUCACGGACGACAUUGCUCGCUCAGCAUUCACGAUCGGGUCGUGGCGGCAAGUAAUGAUUGGCAUCUGUCCAAGUUCGCUUUGCCGGAGGAUGCAGGGUUGGUCUCCAAUCUGCAACUACGCAAAUUGAUCAGCAGGAAUCUCGACUACUACCAUCAGCAUGUGGCGCCACUAAUGCCACAGGCGGGCGCCGCAGGUGGCAAGGGGAGCAGCGAGCCGGAUGAGGCUUGCCGGCUACUCCUGGAGUUCCAUCGCAAGAGCAUCAAUGAGGACCUCGAUGCCUGGCACGCACAAUGGGUGCUACCCCAGGUGGCUGCGGCAUCGGCGGCCGCGGCGGCCGCUGGGAGUAGCAGCAAGAAGCAAGGCAGCACAGACAGCGUCACGGACACCGCCAGUGCUCCACUCCGCCUCCAAUCCACAGCCUUCUACCACAGCUACGCGACCCUCAUCCUCCACUCCCUCCCGCUCCGCUCCAACCACGCAGGCGGGCGAAGCACCUCAGCCUCCCCAUCAGCGGACGAGGUCCUGGCCCCUUUUCGUCGAAAGGCAGAUGAAGCUGCCCUCUCCUGCGUUGCCCUCUUCCUGCGCUUGCCCCGCGACCAGCUCGUCUAUGGCCACAACUCUGCGUAUGUCACCGUGGGAUUCGCGGCCGUUCAUGCGCUUCGAGCUCCGCAUGGGACUUUACUUGGUGCAGAGGCGGGUGGGAGUGGGACGGCUAGCGCGGCGAAUGCGGAUGUGGAUGUGGACGAUGAUCAGGUGCUGGGCAUGGUGAAACGUGUAGUGGAGACGAUGGAGGAGGCAGGAAGGGUGACGGAGCACAGGAAGGCCUUCGCUACCGGGUAUGCCGUGUUUCUGAGGAAGCUAAUUGCUAUUCACGAGAUGAGAAGGGCGAGGAAGGGUGGUAGGGCGGCACUGGCUGGAGGAGAGCACCACAAGGCGGGCCCAGCGUCGCAAAAGGAGGCAGUCUCAGGCCCCCAGCAACAUCGACGCGACACAGUGAUCUCUCGUCCCUCGGGCGCCUACGACGCGAUGCAGCCUGCCGCAGGCCCCUCUUCUGCUCCCUCAUCCGCCCCACCUGUCAUGGGCCCCGCCAACCAGUUUGCAGCGGGCACGGAGCAGCACUUUGGCACUUCUACGGGGCAAGACUCAUUCGAUCAUUCACGAAUGGCAUCCUACAAUGGUAGCGGGCAGGGACACGGGCGUGGCCCAGGUAGUGGCGGUAGUCUCACCCCCUACUCGAGUGUCAGCAGCCACCAAGGGCAAGGGCAAGGGCAGGGCUAUUUCCCGCAGCACCACCAUCACCCAAAUGCAAGCGCCCGAGUCGGGUCUCCCUCGCAACACUUCUUCAACAACUCCUCUUCAUUCAACUUCGAUCCCUCCACACUCGCCCCGGCCUCUUCUUCAUCUGCCAAUCUUCUCGACGAGCUCCUCAUGGCACAACCGCUGGGCUUGCAAUUCGACUCGUGGCUCGAUGAUUUGGGCGGGCUGGCAGCUGGUGCCGGAGGAGGAGGGAUGGCCGGCACUGGAUUCGGUGGCGGAAAUGGGGAAGAGGGAGGCGCUGCCCCCAACGGCGGGCAGGCGGGGUACAAUGGAGGCGGGAUGUGACACUCUGAGAGCAGAGAGCAAGAGAAAGAUCGACACCAUACCCGCGCCUAUUGAAGGCGCGUAGAGGCUACCGAGCAGGCGAUUCUCGUCGUGCACGCUGUAUUGCAGAGGCUCCACAUCAUCAUUAGCAAUGCAGAAUUACCCGUCUUAC